UUUUCUUUCAUGCUUCAAAUAUGUCCAAGGUCGUAUCUCUGCAAGCUGUAAAGAAAGUAAUCAUAUUCACGAUCGGGAUCCAUGAAAUCUUGAAGGAUUCAUUAGGACCAGCACUUGUGGCGGCGAAACCUAUGCGGCCGCCUUGGAGAGAUGCUUCGAUGAUGAGCUCUGCAACUUCAGAUCAAAACGGGGCGGCAGUUUCUGGGAUGGCUUUUUCUAAUCACCACAUCCCCGGGGCGACUGUUGUUGGUACAACAUUGGGAACGGUUAUCAGGCCGGUAGUUUCAGUUUCCUGGCUGGUGGAACCAAAUGUGCCCAUCUAUUGGGUUGCAUCUCGGGACGGUGGAGCGGCUCAUCAAAUACCGACUGGUACUACUGCUGCUGCUGAUCACCCAAGAAGAUUGCACUCUGAGCUCUCCACUCUUGCGCCACCUUUCAUACCCGAAGGGAUCCCGUCUGGAAAGCCAUCUUCGAGACAACUCCAUCAUGGAUCCUCGCUUGGUUCUCCUGCAAGCCAAAGACCUCAUCGCCCCACUAGAAGCCAUUCCCAUGCAGAAAGUUUUCAGUCGUUGGUUAGUCAAAAAGAAGGAGGCGCAGUUGGAGUGAGUGCGGCGCCUGUAGAGAAACCAAUCCGUCCAUCAUCUCCUGUGAGGAUUUGGAGCCGGAAAUUGGGAAAGGAAGGGGCAUCAACUCGAGAAAGUCAGACUUCCUAUCGCACGGCUCGGGCAACUGGUGGUGGUCGAGAUCUGCAAGUCGCAGCCUCGGAAAGCGCUCUCGGUCAUUAUAUUCCAGCCCUGGAAUCCAUCGCAGAGGGUAUGGGGCCGAAUGAUAAGCAUGAAUUGAGAAGUAGCGCCUGCGAGUCGCCCGGGUAUGUCAAGACUGGCGACAUCAAAUUAGGGUCCAAUGUGAUGGAUCCCCCUAAGAACGAUGCGCUCCCGGAUCGCCAGGCCGCUGAUACCAGCUUUCCCCAAACGUCAGUGAAGAGUAUGAAGUAUCCUUCCAAACAGACUCGUUCACCAGUUGGUUCACCCUCUGGAAAGAUGGCGGAUAUCCCCAAAUUAGCUGAAAGCAAGCAAGAAUCCACACAUUCGCUAGCUCCUCCUAGGAUUGCAAAGCCAGUUGCUCAGCCCCAGACGACAACAAGCUCUGCUCAUUCUUUGGCCAGCUUGUCUCAUCAUCCAGCCCAGGAAUGGAAAGUUGUUUCUCAUUAUAAAAAGGGGGCAGCUAGAAGGAUCCCAAUAAGGCCAAGUCACUCUAAUAUAGAAGGCCCAGAUAAGAUCAGCUUGUUAUCUUCCCCAAGAUCCCCAGAUAAACAACAGAAAUCGGCUCAGACUAUUCGAGAAAAGCUACUAGAGUCGUCGCAAUCUCAAGAUCCUCAGGACUCAAGCUCUGAGCCUGGUUGGAUUUCUGGAAAUGUGAAGGACGAUUGCGGUCCUAAAGAAGGAAUGAAAAACGGAAAUUCAGGUCAAGAUGUAAAUCAUCAAUCCUUUGUUUCCAAUGGAAUUCAAUUUGAAAAGAAGAAGAAGAAAAAGCCGCACAUUGAGUCGGGUCAAUCAUCAAACUUGGGAAAUUUGAAUGAUUCUUGGGAAGAUGAUUUGAACGAGUUCAUCGCAUCUGCUGAUAUUGAGGAGAAUCAAGUUGACAGAACUAAAAAUACCAAUAAUAAGUAA